AUGGAUAGUACUAUUUGCAGCAGAUGUGGUGCCUUUCCGGAGGAUGCGGAUCAUCUGCUAGUCGGGUGUACGACUGCAAAGAACGUUUGGCAGCAUAUAUGGGUGUGGUUGAAGAUCAGCAUUUGGGCGCAGUCGUCCACCGUCAGAGAAGUGCUUGAGGGUGUGCAAGACCAAAUAAGGUGCAAGAACUGGAAGAAAAUGGUCAUGGUAGUGACGUUUGCCACUUUUUGGAGCAUUUGGAGGUGCAGAAACGAAGGUAUUUUCAAUGGAAAUUAUAUCCCCACUCAUAAAGCGGCGGAGAUGGUGAAAGAGGAAACAUUCAUCUGGAUGAGAAACAGGUAUGGGCCCAAAGUCCAUAUCGAUUUUAAAAUUCUUCAAGAACAUUAUACCGAUAAGAUCACACCCCCGGGUCAACGUUGA